GAGGAGGAGCAGGCCGAGGGCGUCUGGGAGCUCGGCGGCGCCGUGGCCGCCUUCCGCGGCGUGCCCUACGGGGCGCCGCCCACCGGGCAGCGGCGCUGGCAGCCCCCGGCGCCGGCGGAGUGCUGGCCCGCGGGCCGCGCGCUGGACGCGGCCGCGGACGGCCCCAGCUGCUACCAGGGCGGCGAGGGCGGCCGGGAGAGCGAGGACUGCCUGUACCUGAACGUGUUCGCGCCCCCGCAGUCCUUGUCUGGACGGCGGGCUGCCGCGCUCCCGGUGCUGGUCUUCAUCCACGGCGGCUGCAACACCGUGGGCAGCGUGUCGUCGUACGGCCCCAUCGAGAACAUCGUGGCAGGGGGCGAGCUGAUACUCGUGGCCAUGAACUACCGGCUGAACGUCUUCGGCUUCCUGGCGCUCGCCGAGCUGUCCGCCGCGGACCCCCGGGGCGCGAGCGGCAACUACGCCAUCCUCGACCAGCAGCUGGCGCUGCGCUGGGUGCGGGACAACAUCCACGCGUUCGGGGGCGACGCUGGCAGGGUCACAGUGGCCGGCCAGAGCUCCGGAGGCACGAACGUCCUGGCCCUCUUGGCCUCGGUGGGCAGCAGGGGCCUCUUCCACAGGGCCAGACAGGGCUCGAGCUAA